UUCCUGCAUUCUCCUCGCCUGUGUCAGAGGAACCCGGGUUGCGUCGGAACGGGGCUGCUGGUGCUGCUGCUGAGGGGAAAGAAGGGACCUUCAAACCCCCCCCCCCUCCACUCCCUCACAUCGCGAACCCUGCUUUCUCCCUUCACCCCCCAGCCCCAUAUCUUCCACCAUCCCCCCCCUCCCAAUGCCCCUCCAGGGCGGCGUCUGAUCCCGGGAUCCCUGCCCGAUUUCCUCGGCGCCCAGCCAUCCUCUUCCUCCCGGGACUCUCGGCCAAGGACACCUCAAUUCUUGGUUCAUUACAGAGGGGGAUGGAAAAUUCUUCCGUGGCUUCUGCCUCUUCUGAGGCAGGAAGCAACCGGUCACAAGAAAUUGAGGAGCUGGAAAGGUUCAUCGACAGCUACGUUUUGGAGUAUCAAGUCCAAGGCUUGUUGACUGAAAAAACCGAAGGGGAUGAAGAGAACGAGAAAACACAGUCCAAUAUUUCGCAGUGGACCGUUGACUGUAACGAGGAAAUAGAAAGCAGCAUGUCCGGCUACAGAGGCAAGGGGUCAGCACCCCAUAACCAAAACCAGAAUGGAAACAAAAACAGCUCUCUGGACAUGUUGGGAACGGAUAUCUGGGCAGCCAACACUCUUGAAUCUUUCAGUGGGGCAACCUGGGAUUUGCAACCAGAGAAACUUGACUUCACACAGUUCCACAGAAAACUCCGCAACACACCUAAGCAUCCUCUUCCACAGAUAGACAGAGAAGGAAUUGGCAAAGGAAAAUGUGAAGAAGGAGAUGGAAUCAACUUAAAUGACAUUGGAAAAGUUCUCCCAGCCUGGCAGGGCUGUCACCCAUUGCCACAUGAAGCAGAAAUUGCACACACCAAAAAACUGUUCAGGAGGAGGAGGAACGACCGGAGGAAACAAAGGGCUCCUGGAGGAAACAAGCCACAGCAGCACUCAGAAAAUCAACAAGGCACCACCAAGCACAACAAAGAACACCAGAAACCCUCACAAGGAGGCCAAGCGCCACACUCCUCGGGGCGAUGUGGCCACCAUGGCUACAGCCAGAACCGGCGGUGGCAUCACAACCAGAAACACUCCCCCAAUGACAAAGAGACGCACCGAAACGCCAAAGAGACCGAGACUCUGAAAAUAGAAGAUACCUCUGUCUGCACGGUGCACAUCCCUCUGGAGAUGCACCGCAACCACGACGCCACCGAGAGGCCAUCGCCGCAGUACCUCCAGGAUCCCGAAAGCAAGCGGAAGGACAACCUCCACGAACGGAAAAACGAGAGACCCAAAGUUAACUUGCUGCAGUCUUCCAAGGACAGACUACGCCGGAGGCUAAAAGAAAAGCAAAACCAGCGCAAUGUCCUGUAA